AUGCCGCCCCGCCGCCGCCUCCCGCCGCUCCUGCUGCUGCUGCUCGCCGCGCUCUGCCCCGCCGCCAUCGCCCUCCGCCAUGGGCCCUCCGCCAUCGCCGUGGUGGGCGGCGGGAUCGGCGGCUCGGCCGCUGCCUAUUUCCUGCGGCAGAAGUUCGGCCCCGGCGUGCGGCUGCACGUGCUGGAGAAGGCGGCGCUGGGCGGACGGCUGCACACGCUGGACGUGGAGGGGGCCGCCUACGAGGCAGGGGGAGCCGUCAUCCACCCCCUCAACCUGCACAUGAAGCAUUUUGUCAAGGAGCUGGGCCUCUCAGUUGCCUCAUCCCAGGGCAGCCUUGCAGGCGUUUACAACGGGGAGGAAUUUGUGUUUGAGGAGAGCAGCUGGUCCUUCAUCAACCUCCUCAAGCUUCUCUGGUACUACGGCCUCAACCCGCUGCGCAUGUCCAUGUGGGUGGAGGACAUCCUGGACAAGUUCAUGAGGAUCUACCGGUACCAGAUGCACGAGUACGCCUUCAGCAGCAACGAGCGCCUGCUCCACGCCCUGGGAGGCGACGACUUCAUCCAGCUGCUCAACCAGACCAUCGACGAGGCCAUGCAGAGAGCAGGGUUCUCCCAGAAGUUCAUCAACGAGGUGGUUUGUCCAGCCAUGAGGGUGAAUUAUGGCCAAGGGGUCACCGUCAACGGUUUUGUAGGUGCUGUGUCUCUGGCUGGGGUGCAGUCAGGACUUUGGUCUGUGAAAGGAGGGAACAAACUGGUCUGCUCCGGCCUCAUCUCCUCCUCCAAGGCCCAGGUUAUCCCGGGAACUGUCGUCUCCAUAGAGCCAAAAACCAGACCCAGCCCCAGCGGGGACCCGGUGAAGCUCUACCAGGUCACCUACAACACGUCCUCGGGGCUGACAGAGGACACCUACGACAUCGUCCUCAUCGCGGCCCCGCUCGGCCGCAAGAUGGCCGACAUCACCUUCCGGAACUUCGACCCUCCCAUCCUGCCAUUCCCAAAUCCCUACCACCAAACUGUCACCACCCUGGUGCACGGGCGUGUGAAUGCAUCAUUCUUUGGCUACAACGACCCCCAGGCUUUUCAUUUUGGGGCCAUUUUCACCACGGACAACCCCAAACUCUUCAUCAACAGCCUGGGCGUGGUGUCCCCUGUGGGGGACACGGACACGGGCGAGGAGCUGCCGUUGCAGUCGGCCGUCUGGAAGGUGUUUUCCAAGGAAGAGCUCACCAAGGAGCAGCUCAAUCUGCUCUUCUCCUCCUACGACUCGGUGCAGGUGAAGCCGUGGUUGGCGUAUCCCGAGUACAGCGCUCCCGAGAAGUUCCCUCCCAUCGUCCUGCACGAGCAGCUGUACUACCUGAACGGGCUGGAGCGCGCCGCCAGCGCCAUGGAGAUGAGCGCCGUCGCUGCCCGCAACGCCGCCCUGCUCGCCUUCCACCGCUGGCACGGCCGCAGCGCCAGCAUCGACCAGGAGGACCUGCACGAGAAGCUCAAAACCGAGCUCUGAGACCCCCCCGGCGCUUAAUUAACACUAAUGAGCUCCGUGCGUCGCCCCUCCGAGGAGGCGUUUCGUAGGAUCCUGGGAUCUUAGUGUAGGAAACUUUCAAGGUGAUCAAGACCUUCAAGAUGAUCAAGAUCUUCAAAGCCUUCAAGAUCAAGACCUUCAAGAUUGCCAAUUAAUAGCUAAGUAAUUAAUACCAAUGAACAUGCUUUGCCCCUCCAAGGAGGUGUUUCAUAGGAUUGUGGGAUCCUUAAAGUCCAAAGACUUUUAACAUGAUCAAGACUUUCAAGAUCAAGAUCAUCGAGGUCUUCAAGGCCAUCAAGACCUUCAGGAUCUCCAAGAUCUUCACGACCAUCAAGACUCUCAAGACCUUCAAAAUGCCAUAAUUAACAUUAAUGAACUCUCUGCUUCGCCCCUCCAAGGAGGUGUGUCAUAGGAUCAUGGGAUCCUUAAGGUUGGAAGACUUUCAAGAUGAUCAAGACAUUCAGGAUCAUCAAGACCUUCAUGACAGCCAAUUAACACCAAUGAACUCCACGCUUUGCCCCUCCAAGGAGGUGUUUUGUAGGAUCAUCAGAUCCUUAAAGUUGGAAGAUCUUUAAGACAUUCAGGAUUUCCAAGACCUGCAAGAUCUUCCAAGAUCAAGACCAUCAAGAUCUUUAAGAUGCUGUAAUUAAGAUUAUUGAACUCUAUCCUUUGCCCCUCCAAGGAGGUGUUUCAUAGGAUCAUGGGAUCCUUAACUUUGGAAAAUCUUAAAGAUUUCCAAGACAUUCAAAACCCUCAAGACCAUCAGGAUCUCAAGAUGCUGUAAUUAACACUAAUGAACUCUGUGGUUUGCCCCUCCAAGGAGGUGUUCGUAGGAUCAUGGGAUCCUUAAGUUUGGAAGAUCCUCAAGAUCAAGACCUUUAAGAUCUUCAAGAACAUCAAGAUCUUGAAGAUGCUGUAAUUAACAUUAAUGAACUCUGUACUUUGCCCCUCCAAGGAGGUGUUUCAUGGGAUCCUUAAGGUUGGAAGAUGUUCAAGAACUUCAAGACCAGCAAUAUCCCCCAGACCUUCAAGAACAUCAAAACCUUCAAGAUCUUUAAGAUCUCCAAGAUCUCCAAGACCCCCAAGGUCAUCAAGACCUUCCAGCCCAGCCAUCAGCCCAAGCACGUUCACCGUUAACGAUGUCCUCAGGCGCCGCCUCCGUGCGCUGUUUGGACGCUUCCAGAGACGGCGACUCCACCACCGACCCGGGCCGGACAACCCUUCCUUCCACGACGGAAUUCUGCCCGUACCUCACCUCGACCUCCCCCGGUGCCCCCCGGAAGCUCCGUGGCCAGCGCAGGAGGCAGCAGGAGCAGCGAAGCCUUCCCAAGUAAGCCGGGACAUUUUCCUCUGGCAGAUUCCCGAGUUUCCCUCCAGCUCCUUGGUUCCUCCCUGCCCGAGAUCGGGGAAUUCAUUCCAGGAGCUGCACUGAGCCCAGAAGUGCCCUCCAGCCGGGAAUGUCGACUCACUGCCUGUGCAUCCCUCUGGCCCGGCUUUGCCAAAGGGUCUGCCAAGGAAUUAUUGCUCAGGCUGGAAUCUGGGCGAAUGGGGAACUGGGAGCUGCCAGAGUGGGUGGGAAAGAGGAAAAAACGCCAACGUCCAUCGCUCUGUUGAGGUACGAAGGAGUUAAUAAACAAUUUAACAAUC